CUACCAGACUCUAAUAGACAGUUUAAUAGGUCAGUGUAUGAUAGCUUUAGGGAACCUCCAGGGCUCACCCAGAAAUUGCUGUUUCAUUACCCUCAACACUGGUUUUUUACCUUUCAGAAUACUCAUGACGAAGCUCACACUGGGUCAUGGCAGCGGUGUCUAGAGUGCAGUGUGCAACUCCUGAAGCAGGCUUGUGACACACUCUCCAGUCUUACUCAAGCGAAGCUCAAAGCUCAAGUUUUUGCAACUAGUCAAAUGCAAGAGUAUUUAGCCAAUUUACAAGAAGUUUGGCAUGUUUGUAAACGUAUCUCGGCAUCUAGUCAGCAAGUAACUACCAGUGCCAAAGUAGACGAGUUACUAAGUGAAGCCAAGGCUCUGUGGGACGAGAUAUCAACUUCAACAGACAACAACAUUACUAAGGUUGAUGAAUCUCAGGAAGGAGAUAACCAGAUGGGUGAGAAUGAGGUGUGUGGGGUUUGCCUUGCAGGAGGGGGCAGCAAACUCACAUAUGGGGGGCACUCCUAUCACCCUUCAUGUGCCAACCUCUGGCUCAACUGUGUAGACCUCCUCUUGCCGUCUUUAACUCCUGUCACUUUGCUUUGAUUAUAAAAACGAUUAAUAGGUUACAAGAAACGCCCAGUUACAAGACUGUUACGAUUACUGUUACAUUACAAGAAACUGCCCGAAACGCUUUGCGUAAUAGUGGCUUU